AUGUCACGUCUUGCCAGCCGAGUUCUCCAAUGGCCCAACGCACGGGAAACCUCGUCCAUGAUCUCCACUUUGGAACGACUGCGCACCCCCCCAAGCUCUAUGCAGCGGGCUCUUCCCCUCCUCGAGCAUCAACCAGAAGUCCGCCGAGACCACUCGAGUCAAAACGCCAGGGAGAGACACAAGAUUACCCGGCGAAGAGCAGACUGCGCUCUGCUAAGCAUACUUCCAACAAGGACGGAACUCCCUAUCGCAAACCCCAAGAAAAGCUGUCCACCGUUCCCACAGUUUCCCAAAUACCCACACAAGCUCCCCGUUGCUCCACAACGUAUCCCCAUACCGGUGAACAUGCCCCCUAGCCGACAUCUCACACGCAUACACAUCCACAUGGAGUACAGCAUCCCACUCCGUCUCUGCGUCUUCUUACCUCCGAGCCUUCUCCAGUCUAUCCAUCUCUCGGCCGUUGGGGCGUGA